GUUACUAAAUGAUGCGGUGUAGGGUCUUUCCAUCGUCGAUGGUCGCAAUGUUAGAGCGCCAUUUCCGGAAGCCGCGGGCUUGGGCAAGAUGGCGGCGGUGUCUGCGGCCUCCGCGAAAAGGAAGAGUGGCGGUAGCCCGGCCAGCACUAGGGCGGUGCUGACAAGCAAGCGGGAGCCCAGUAUCAAGCUGCAGUAUCCGGUGAGCGGGCCCGAGCCGCUCAGUUGGUCCGAGGACAACCGGCUCUCCAUCACCACCGGCAAAAACAUCUACGUCCUGGAGCAGAUUUGCGACAUCCAUAACAACGGGCUGGACAUGGUGAUCCACAGGACCUCGGUGCCAGCACCCAGCCAGAGCUGCUCCCUCAAGGUUGGCUCUCAGGCAGAAGUAAGUGGCUGCAAAGACAAGUUCCUGAGUAAAAAAGAUCCAACUCUAAGUCAUUCACUAAUGAUGGACAGGGUCUUUAAUCCUGAAGGGGGUGCUUUGUCGCCAUUGCGAGGUUUUAAAUUUACCAGCUGGUCUCCUUUGGGUUGUGACUUCAAUGGAAGGUGUCUGUUAGCAUCUUUGACACUGGAUAAUAGACUGUCCAUCCAGGUGAAUGUGAACAGGUUGCAGUGGACACCAGCUUUAGAUAUUACGGAGGUAUAUGGUGAGAUGCUGUAUGAGAACAAAUAUGGGAAUUUGGAUGCGGAUCUGGGUGGGGAGUUGAAGGAUUUCUCUGAAUUCCAAAGGAGACAUUAUAUGCAGGCUCCUGUUAGAAUGGAAUGGUCCAGUAUCUGCAACACUCAACGUGUAAAAGCUAACAAUGAGUGCGAAGACGUGGGCACUGUACUGUUGGCUGUCCUACUUGAAAACGGUGAUGUUGUUAUAUGGCAAUUCCAAAUUCCGUUUCAUGGCAAAGAAUCUAUCAUUGCAUGCAGUACCAUUGAAUCAGGUAUUAAUGACCCAAGUGUUCUGGCUUGGUGGGAAUAUGAACAUGGUAGUCGCAAAAUGAGUGGGUUGAUUGUUGGCAGUUCUAAAGGACCUGUUAAGAUUCUGCCAGUGAACUUGAAAGCAGUGAAAGGUUACUUCACUCUCCGACAACCUGUGGUUCUGUGGCAAGAGAUGGAUCAGUUACCUGUGCACAAUAUUAGAUGUAUCUCUCUCUACCAUCCCUACCAGAAGUGCAGCUGCAGCUUGGUUGUGGCAGCCAGAGGAACAUAUGUUUUCUGGUGCUUACUAUUGAUAAGCAAAGCUGGACUGAAUGUUCACAAUUCGCAUGUGACAGGCCUCCAUACUCUUCCUAUUGUGUCUCUGACAGCCAAUAAACAAACUGCGAGUUUCUACACCUGCUCUGUCGAUGGAACCAUUCGAAAGCUGACUCCUCUUUUCACGGAUGUCGCAGUAAAGUUUGAUCAUACCUUAAUCAAAUUGCCAGAGUCAAUUGGCACAGUGAGACUUCAUGGAAUAUGUCUCAGCCCAAACAAUGCAUACCUUGCUCUUGUGACAGCAGAAGGUAUAAAUAAUGGCCUCCAUCCAGCCAGCCGUAUGUACCAGGUGCAGUUUAUCACAUUAAAAACGCCAGAAGAAGCAGCUUCUAAAAUUUUAGAAUCUUCCAUUCACAAUUUGUUCAAACAAGUGGACUUACUUGACCUUGUACGUUGGCGAGUGUUGACUGAAAAACGUAUUCCUCCAGAGCUAGAUGAAGCUCUAGACCAUAAACUUCAGACAAAUCCAUCAAAUUACUUGUGGCGUUUAAGACUUUUUCUCUUGAAGAUUUUGUUUCAGACCCUACAAAAGGCACCCACUGAAGCACUUUGGAGACCAAAUCAUUGUGAGUCAAAGAUUUUGCUUUGUGACAACUCUGCAUUGUUAAGCGAGAAUAAGAGACAGCCAGAUGAGGCAAAGACCAGUUCAGAGAGUACUGAAACAAACAGAGGGGUUGCAAGUCAAGUCGAGGACUCUUCAGUGGAACCUAAAGAUGGCAAUACUGAAGAACAGAUUCAUGAAAUGAUUGCAAAGAAAUUGAAUGCAAUUCAGACUAACAUUGAAGUAGUGGAACUCCAUCUGACACGUGAACAUAUGAAACGAGUUCUGGGUGAAGUGUACCUUCACACCUGGAUUACAGAGAACACCAGUGUUCCAACCAGAGGCAUUUGUGACUUCUUGACCUCUGACCCCAGCUACGAUGAUCGGACAGCAAAGGUUCUGAUUUCUCACAAUUUGAAGAAAUUGACCAAACAGACAUUUCCUGAACACUGUUCCCUUUGUAAAGAGGUUCUACCAUUUACGGAUCGACGCAAAGCUGUCUGCUCCAAUGGGCACAUUUGGCACAGAUGUGUCCUGACGUACCAUGCGUGUCAGAGUCUGACCUAUCGCAGAUGUCUGCUACAAGACAGCAUCGCUCGACAGCACUUACCCUCAGACCCUGACUGGAUAAAGCGCCUGCUGCAGAGUCCAUGUACGUACUGUGACUCUCCUCUCUUCUGACAAGCAUUCAAGCCAUUGGACAAAGGACAGGAUAUAUCUGUAUCUUAAGUUUAGCAUUGGGAAGAUGAGGCUUAAGAUAUUUACUCCUCUGUUAGGGGGCUAUUGUGUUUAUUGAAUGGUGGCAUUGUCUUAUAAUUGGAGACAUUCAAAGAUGCAGCUUUGUGUUCUGUGAAACACUAAAGGAAAACCUGGAGGAUGCUUAGCACCUUCUCAGCAACAUCAUGACCAUGAAUUGCAAGGGCAAUUGAGAGGACUGUAUGUUAAGCUUUCUCAUCUAUUUUCUUAAUUCUUCAGGAAUAGGAAAUGAAUGUAAAUUAUUAUUUCAGUCUGAGAAUAAGAGUGCAGAAGAUGGUCAACAUAGAGAGUGCAGGAAAAAUGGGGAAACUCUCUUCAAAAUGGAGUUAGGUUUGAACAGAUGAUGUUCAUGUCCGUCUAGAUCAAGUUUUCAUUUGAUGAAUUGAAGUAACUGUCUAAAAGUUAACCCGUGUCACAAUUUUCAGAUAAACACUUGCUUACUUUUGCAUUUGCAAAACCAGUUAAACAAGACUAAGGUUGCCUGUGGGAACAAUGUGAAAAUGAAAUUUUAUAUUACUUUGCCUUUAGAGGUUUUGAGUAACGUGUGAUUUGUGUCAUAUAUCCAGAGCGGCUAGGGUACUUAGACCUUUUUCAAUGUAAUGUCUCCUGAUCACAGAUGAAUGCCAAAAAUAUCAGGCCUAUAAUGAAAUUAAAGUCCAAAAAUGUGGGGUGCAGAAUGGAGUGGGAAGCGUGGAGUUUGUACUAGAGUUCAGCAAGUAGCAUUCAUAAUGUAAAAUGUCCCUGUAUUUAAAUUUUAGGCUGAGAAAAAUGAAAUGCAGUAACAUGCUACUGGUCUUCAGACAAUUGAUAUCAGUCAUCAAGGUUGGUUGGUAACUAGUUUUGGACUGUCACUUAGACUUUCUCUAUUUUUUUUUGUUUUAAUGUAUGUUUUCAAUUUUUAAAACUUUGUUUAAAUUUUGUUUAACGACUACAACUAUUGCGUACAUUUGUGAACGCAACUUAAAACGUGAUAAACUACUUUUUUGUACAAUAAGAAUUGUUUUCUCAAUAAAUCUGUUACUGUUUGGAUAAAAUAUACCAUCUUGUGAAAUAUAAAUGAAAAUGUCUUGGGCACUUUUUUUAAGUAUGGCACAGGCUAUUAAGUUGCAGUUUCAUUAAUUUACAUCAGUUUAUUGGCAGCUUGCUUGGACCUUAUGUCAUUCAUUUCAAAUAGUAAAACACAAUUCACAUAGCCAUUCCUUUCGGAAGGUCAAAGAUUUGAGCAUUUUUUUUGUCACUAUCAUAUGCCUGUAGCAACCAUGGGCUUCUAAAGCCAAUAUCAUGCAAUUGGAUAACUUCACCUUUCUCACCUGGUUGAUCCUGCAGCUCUGAUCAUAGCCAACAGCUAAAUACUGUUAAUUGAGGAAAAACAGUGCUACCUUUAGUCACUUAACCAAAAGAAUGUAAGAUUUUCUGUUUAAAGAGAAAAUGUUUGGGUAGGCUGUAUUGUUGUUGGAAAGCACGUUUCUCUAUAAGGCAAAAUUAGGCCAAUUUAGCUUCCAGUCAAAAGCUUCAACCUAUCAUUUUUAAUCAUUCAUGGAACGUUAAAGAUACUGGAUAUAUUUAUUGCCCAUCCCUAACUUCCCUUGAAGGUAGCAGUCAUCUGCUGCCUUGAAGUGCUGCAGUCUUUGGGUUGUGGAAAGUUCCCAAAUUUUGACCCAGCAACAGUGGUAAAGCUCUAAGGCAGAACCUGCAUCCGCUCUAAUUUCUCCAGCUGCUGUGGAUCUGGAGUCACAGGUAGGCCAAACCAAUGUGAGGAUGGCAUACAUUUUAUUUGGAAUUUGAAACUGGAAAAUUGGAGUUUGGAUUAUUAGUUUUAUUUGCAAUUUAAAGAAACAAUGGAACACUGUGGCCACUAAUUCUUUAUACACAUAAUUAGUUUAAAAAGUUGAAUUCUAUGAGACACCCUGGUAUCCAGGGACUCUCUUGGUGGGGGCGGGGAUAAAAAGUAACUGCCCAACAGCAACGCAUGGAUAAGUUGUAAGUGGCAGAUUGUCACGGAACAGAGAGGUUGGAGAAUUGUCGUGAUGCAGACCUCCAAAGCCUGCAAGCAAGAUAAAUUACAAAAGGCACUGCUAACUCUGGUCCAACCUGAGGAAUGCUGCAGUUGACAACACAGUAUUAUUGCGAAAAAAAAACAAACUGAGAAAAUCACUUCAAUCACUCCCUUUUGUGGUUUGAAACCUGAUCCACAGACUUUGUUCCUUUAUUGCUAUAUUUUUCACCCACAAUAUUUCUGGGGAAAAAAUGUUUGUUUCAUUUGCCCUGUCUGUCCUUUGUGUGAAUGUGUUUGGAUUUAAAGAACGUAUAAUAUAAGUUUGCAUUUUAGUAAUUAAUCUUUAUUGCCACCAUAUCAGUUUAUUAAAAUAAAUGUUU